AUGGACCCCUCACCCCAGGCGGGCUCGAGCAGUGUCACCGGUAAGGAUACCCACCCCCCCCGAUGGCUUUCCGAUGGUAUUCUGGGGUACACAUUGCUCACUUCUUCGUUUCAAUUCCCAGUCGAGUAUACUGACCCCUCCGGCCUAUUCCCCACCGUUCAGUCCAUCCUUGCAGAUAAGCUACCUCUAAAGAACCUCCACUGGAAGUCGCCGACCCGCCCCGUUCGAUCCAUCGAGUCCCUCCGUAUCGGCUUCGUCCCUGCCCAGCAUGAAUCGGACGAGCGCAAGCCCUCUACCGACACGGCCAGCUUACGCCAGACUCCCUACUUGAAGAUCUACUUGCUCCGCUGUGACGACAACGAUACCUACAAGGCUACGGCGCGGAAGGCGGUGCGGGACUGGAUCAAAUCCCAUGCGACGACUUCUUCUUCGUCCAGCACAACGUCCACUAGCCAGGAGAAGCACGAUGCUUUUGACUGGCUCAUUGUACAUGUGGUGCAGGACGGAGAUGGGGCGGAAAAAUCUGCCCCUUCCAAAUGGGGUCGCACGACCACCACAGUCCUUGAGAAAGUCAAAGCCGACUUCAACGGAACUUCCAAGUCCUCUACUGUGGAUCGCGUGGCCCAAUUACGGCUUCCCAAGCAGGGCAGUAAUGUGAAGCCACCUGAGCUGGCCGAUCAGAUCGAAGACUUGGUUGAGAAGCUGAAGAACGCAAUUCUGGCAUCAUUUGACCUUCGCGUGGCGCAGUAUGAGGAGGACAUCAAAGAGAAAGACUCGCAGCGCAGCUUGCCUGGCUGGAACUUCUGUACCUUUUUCAUACUUAAGGAGGGUCUAGCUAGGGGCUUUGAAAACGUGGGGUUAUUCGAGGACGCGUUGCUCGGGUAUGAUGAGCUUGCGGUCGGCUUGGACACUGCGGUACAAGAACAGCUGGAAGGAACUGGAGACCAACAUGGGGGAGCAUUCCUGACUUACAGCAAGGACUGGAGAGACAAGGCGAAAUCAGCUCUGGAGUCUGAAGGAGAGGGAGCACGGAAGGACGAGGGUGAGGGAGAUGACGAACCCGAGCCCAUUCCGGAAAUUGCAAUGGAUGAUUUUCCCAUAUCUGCAACCAAAAAGCCGUAUCGGGAGAUGAUACUGGCCAGUGACAUCUCUAUUUUUGAUUUCCGCACCUACGUUUUCUCAAGACAAUUGACAUUACUGCUUAGGGCGGCAAAGGCUCCCUCCUUACUGAGUAAGGAAGCAGAAGCAGAUCCACAGUCGUCCAAGAAAGACAGGAAGCCGGAGAACCUACUGCUUCUCUCCGAAGCUUGUCAAAGAGCAACCGAAUUCAUAAGUCUUGCAGCACGGACGCUCAGGAUCGACCUCGAGACGGGACUGGUAGAUGUGGAAGCUGCCCGGAAAUCAGAGGUGGUGAACAAUAUUGUAUCAUCAUGGGCGUAUGCUGCUGCCUCCCAGGUGCUUUCUCAAACAUUUACUCCUGCCCUUACACUUCCUGAGUCCUCACUGCAUGCUGUCAACAAGCCAGCAGACGUCGCGACUCAUGCCGAGAGCCACCCAGAACUUCCUAGGCGCUCAAGUUCACUUGCGACUUCAGCUACGCCUCAGCCACGGCGUAUGACAACCUUGGGCAUCUUGCCUCCGGAUGCCCUUUCGUCUGUCCAUGCCCGACCAGGCUUCGAGGGCCCGAAGCUCACACCCAAAACCGGUUCCGAGCAAUUGGCUUCUGGAAGAGCGGAAUUGCUCCUCAUGGCUCGCCGACUCCUGGAGGAAAUCUCUGCAAGAUGCGGCUGGAAGGAGACGUGGAAUGAUCUCCAUCUCCUCUUCAAUGAUCGGGGAGCCGAUGCUGGCGAUAUGGCCGACGUAUCGCUUGAUGAUGAGACUUCACAGCCGGCAGAUAAGUCCGGGGAUACCAAUCUCUUGUCUGGUAUCGAUCUCCCAGGCUUGAAGCUAGCUCUCCAGUCAAGAAAGGCUUUCCGCGUGCAUUAUGAAGAUCUUACAGAUCAGAUGUACCGGCAUCACAUCGCUGCAAAUCGGACGUACUCAACCCAGGCCGCACUUGCUGACAUGGCCCUUAUACGUUACAGACAGAGCGACUAUGGAGCAGCAGCAUCUUACUUCCACCACAUUGCUCCGUUUUAUGGUAGUAAGAACUGGGUUGUGCUAGAGGGUAUUAUGUUGGAAAUGUACACCCGGUGUCUGAAAGAGCUGAAUCGCAAUGAAGAAUACGUUCGGGUGAUCCUCCGCCUUCUCGCAAAGUUCGCAAUUUAUACAGAGUCAAAUCUGUCGAAGCGUCAGAAGACACUAGAUGCGUCACAUAUCUUUGCGGAAAAUGCAUUGAUUUCUGAAUACGUUGAGGAGUUGUUUAAGGCAUCCAGUUCUCUCCAAAAAGAAGUCAUAGCCCCCAUGACUGAUUUCUUUGCGGAUAUCAACGUCAAGCCUGCAAUCUUACACUAUGCGGACAAGGAUGGGUUCCAGCUUCAACUUUACUUGCGAUUUUGCCUGGGAAAGCGUAUCGAUAUUGAUUCAAUCAAACUGCGAUUGGUGGGCGCGCACAACGCUCAGAGUAACGAGCAUUGGCUAGAGGCGCCUAUCAAAAUGACCAUCAAAUCGUCGUCAACGAGGGUGCUGGUGGACUCUCCGGUGAGCACGAUUCGCAGCUAUGUGUGCUGUCGCGGGAAGCAUGCGUCUUUGCCAGUUGGAUUCAGGGAGGCAAUAGAGGCCGAGGAAGAGGAUAGUCGGCCAUUCAUCUAUUGCUUUCCGCCGCCGGACGGCCUUCAGGCAAAAAUUGUGUCACCGCACUUUGUCAAUCUGGAGGAAUUACGGACGAUAGAGCUCGAAUUCAGUAGUGGAUGGAACGACAUCAAAAGCGGGACUCUUCGAGUAAGACCUGCCACGGCUGGUCUUCGAUUGAGAACUACCGAAACCGAACUGGUAGAGGGCGAUAUAAAGAUCGAAGCCCAUAGUGACUCGGGAAACAUUGAGUUCUCUCAGUUGAAACCCAACUCGUUUGUUCGGUUCCGGAUCCCUUACACGGUCGAGGAACACCACCCGAUGCUCUCUGCAAGGGCCGAAGUGGCAUACGAGACAGAGAAGGGACGGUUUACUUACUCCUCGGUGCACAACAUUAUUUCAGGCUUGCCAAUCAGUGUCAACGUGCAGGAUGUCUUCAAGGAUAGUGUGCUAUUCUCACGGUUCACCAUCAGUCCAGCCAUGCUGAUUCCGCUCCGGAUCUUAAAGUGCCAAAUCCCAAGCUCAGACAUCUAUGAAGUGCAGUCAAGUAUUGGCGACUCUGUGGCGCUGAAUGUAUUUGCCAAACAGCCAGCGUCCUUACUCUACAAGAUUCGGCAGCGGCCAGACAGCGUUCCCACUCCGGGAGCAAGACGGUCCCUGCGAUUAAGCGUCGAUUUUACUUGCGUCGACGAUGAAUGCCUACAUGCAGUCGAGCAGACAUUCAAGUCAAGCAUUGCAGCUAGCGAGUUUCAUCAGUACACGAGUUUGCUCACAUCCCACAUUGUUGAGACCUUCCGCUCACAGCUGUCGACCUCCGACAUGGAAGUUGUCGGCCUCGUCCGGGAGGUGGAAACACUGCAGUAUGCGAAUGCCCACUGGGAGACAUUGCUGAGUGCGUUGAAGGAACCAAUGGAUGGACUGAAGGCCUGGCUGAUGGACUGGCAUAAGGUAAGUCACUCGUAUAACCCACCGAUGGCCCCCUUGCCUCUUUAG